AUUCAAUUUAUAAAUCACGCCACUUCCCGAACCUUUACAAAAGUUUUCUCGAAACCCCCUCUCAGAUUUUACAACUACCCUACCACCCCCUUUUUCAGCAACCCUCUUCUUGUCCCACUGAAUUCUGCAGCCCUGGAGCCAAUGCUAUUAUGGCAAAUGACCGGCAAGACCUCCAAAUAUGGGUCAACCCACCCGAAGAUUUCGACAGGGAAAUAUUCCUCUCGGGCUAUGUGAAUGAGCUCGAACUAGGUUCCUAUAGGAUUGUAGAUCUCUUCCGUGAUAUUAGACCAUAUGUGGAGAAUGACCAGGACCUGUUGGGAAUAGCCAUUGCUUUGUCCUUUCUGCCACAGCUAUUCAAACGCCUGUUGUCUGGGAACAUUCCUUUCCUGAAUUCAGAUAAGCAACUGAUUCUCAAGUGGCUAUGCCAACGAAUCUCUAACGACGACGAUAACCCUACGUUUCGCGCCGGACUUGGAGAGGUUGUUGAGGCUAUCAGUGCCAUAUCAGACUCGGAAGGCUUCACGGGAGAGAACGCUGUGGAAGUCGUUAUUUCUAUUUUUGCGUUGGGCAAGAAGAUGGAAUAUAAAGAUCUCAAGUCGGAAACACGAGCAAAGGUUCUCCGUCUCGUUCAAAAGCUAUUCGAACGAUACGAAUUGCGAUUCAACAGCCGGCCUGGAGUCAACGGAUUCGUUACCGGCGUUGUGGAUCUUGCUCACUUUGAAAAGAGCCCUGAAUGCCUCGGCGUUCUCUUCCCGCUAUGGUCUAAUAUAUCGAAGACCUGGGGGUCCGAGUUGCAGUCGAAGAAGAUUGCAGAGAAAGCCUUCCGUUCUUUCUAUAGAUACUUUCCUAUCGAUGUACAACGAAACUAUGCACAACCUCCCGUUGCUCCAUCCCUUAAGCAACUUGCGCAUUUACUGGAGGAGUGCAUCACGUCCAACUCUAUCUUCGCAGAUUUUGCGUUCAAGGCUCUAUUGGAAAAUCUGGACUCUGUUCAGAGUGCAGGGACCAAGUUGGAGAUUCUAGAGAUGCUUCUGUCGUGUACCUCGAAGUAUGAGAUUGCCAUAGUCCAAAGAUGGGCCGAGGAACUUUGGAAAAAUCUCAAGUACGAGAUUUGGCAAGCAGAAAACGAACAAGUGGUCCAAACUUCUUUGAACGUCUUGCACGCAGUUUCCAAGACUCUCGCGACGGAAGAUGAUGGUCUUGACAACAGCCAGAGCAGCCUGAUACGAUUCAUAAACAAGAUCGGCAUUGAGUGUAAUGGGAAGACUCAAGAUUCGAUGCAGUGGCUUAUUCCGAACGGUAGAAUUUUUCAUGCGCUUGCCACUAGCAGUCCCCGAGCCUUAUAUCACAUUACGAAGUCGACGAUUCCGAAGAUUUAUGUAAAGUGGCAGGAUACUCCUUUAGCAAAGGAAAAGGGGUACAUCUUGGUGUCUUUGAACCACAUACUCAAGGCGCAUCACGGGUAUUACGAGCCAGUCCAAAACUGGACUCAGAUGUUUGACCAGAACAAAUCGAAGACGUUCUCGGCUCUAGAAGCAUGUCAUAAUGAGAUCAACUCGAUGUACGACGAAGCCAUCCAAUUGUCCGCCGACCAAUGGAUCGAUCGCAAAUCAAGCGUGGAUGUUCCGGAGCUAUAUCUCAACACGGCGAAGUACGAAGAUUUGUUAGUCAAAUCGGCAAUCGAAGGUCUUGCGUUACUUGUUGAUAUCCCGCGUUUCUACCCUGAGACUACUAGGGCAAAGGUUGUCGAAUCUAUCCUAAAGAUCCACGCGACUACAUUACAUGAAGGCACUCGACUACAAUGCGUAUCCGUUUUGCAGGACAUCACCACCACUCAGCCAGGGCUUUGGACGAACACCAUUCUCUCUGGUCUGUGGGCUGAUAUACCCCACCAGAUUUCGGACGCUCCUGAUAGCGCUGGCGAUUUUGAAAAGCUAAAUGAUACUAUCACUGCUUUUGAAACCAUGGUCGAGAUUGGGUGCCAUGAAGUUGGUCGAGACAACAUCAUGUACCAGCCCAGCGACCUAUUCGCAGGCAGCGUUUGGCAUCGAAACUUCGAUGCCUUAAUGCGCAUGCUACUCCUAAAGUUGGACGAGGUCCUCCCCUCCCACGUCCAGUACGAGUUCGCAAACGCUAUACUUAUAACCAUAAGCAAAGCACUUGGCAAGUUUGAGGAUUGUUUAGCCACUGCUCGCUCAUCACCUCUCAAUAUCGAGCCACCACCUCAGCGUCCUGAAGAAGGCCCGUAUGAUUACAUCGUCACGCAUUUGUACAAGUCGUUGCACCCGGAGCAGAGAAGACAUCAGCGCUGGCAGCACACCACAGAAAUUGAGUGGUUUACCUAUAUCCGCCAUUUUCCAAACUCUUCCGAGCGACAACUCGAUCAACUUGUGCAGACAAUAGGUGAGAUCACACUCCAGGUACUUCGAUCGAAGUCAACCACGGACGAGAACAAUUUCCUAUUGCGGUGGAAUGCCGACACCGAAAACAACGACUGUAGCGCACUGUCCAGUUUGUUUACGGAAGGCAUAGGUGGGUGUGACAUGUUACGGAUGGAUGAAUGGCAGAUGGACGUCCGCAGAGGCCCAGACGAGAAGUGCCUAGCAAACGUUCUCGCCAUGUAUAUGGUUGCUGGUACUCGACCCCACAACGAACGUGAACUUCGUUUGGACUUUCACAAUGCUGGACUUUAUAUGAUGGCCGGCUAUAUUGGUUUUGAUAUUCGAGCUCGGUCAGAGUUCCGGGAAGGCAAUUUCGAUUGUUCCCCGCUCAGUCGACAAAGCAUGCUCUGGUAUAUCCAGUUGAUUGUCAACAAGUUCACUUCACCCUCAGAAGAUCCUGAAGAUUCCCACCUCGAUGUUCUUGAGAGAUACCUGGCCGAGGCUCGAUCCGUCACGGCUGAAGUUCCGAUGUCCCCAGAAAGACGUGAACGAUUAAUGCAAGUCCUGGCACACUACACAGCAGCUGCUCUUGCCGCAUUCAAGGACCCACUUAUGAACCCUUGUUUCAAUCUUAUGAUCGACUGCCUUGAAGAUCCAGCUCCAUUCGGUUUGAUAGCUGCACGACUUUUCAGAGUCAUUCUUGCACCAUCCAAGAUUUUGACCAGAGAAAAUUUCUGCAACGUCCGAAGUGUUGCUCCUCUUUGGGUUCUCACGAAAAUCGUUCCCCGCCUUCUCCGCAAAUGGAGAGCUGCAGAUGAUGAAUAUAGCCAGGCCAACUAUCUCAUCGCACUCAGUACUCUUCUUGAGUUUAUCAACCCCGAGGACUAUAUCUCCGACCACAGCGAGGAACUUUUGCCGGCAAUCCUUGAGGGAACUAGCGUUCGAGGUGAUGCUUCAGCUAGGCUGAUAUAUCUCAAAGCACUCAACGAGUUCAUUAAGCUUGACCGCAAAGCUGUCGAAGAACACUUAUUCACCGUCGUCAACAGCCUGCGGAAUCUACUACAGAAUGCCUUGAACGAUCCAACGAAUAACCCGGUGAAAUGUCGAUUGGCAGCUGUCGAUGUUCUCAAGACAAUGAUGAGUAGUUAUGGCAAAGAUGAACUGAAUAUGUUCCGACCUAGGAUUGAGCAACAGAUCCACCUGGCUUGCUUUGACCUUUCAGCAGAAGUACGCCGCAAAGGACAAGAAGCCCACACGCUUUGGUCCGUCUGGCUACAGACAAUGGGUGACUAGUCUUGAGACUAGAAUUUAGAUCGUGCAAGUACUUUAGACCUGUGCAUUUGCGUGGUAGCGGAAAUUUGCAUAUCUGGCUGGGGAUAGAUUUGGCUCACGGUUGGGGGAGGUUGGGGGAGUUUGGUAUUUGUGCUGUCCAAGACGUGGGUUCUGGAGUUACGAGGACCAACAUCUUGGGUAGGAAGCAUAGCGAGGGCGUUUGCGGAAAGAUACCAGGUAGCAUAGCAAAAAUUCACAGCAGGCAUCAUACUUGACGAAGGAAGCAAGAAAUCAUAGUCCAUUCCCUGAAGACGCCCGAGCCUUCAU